AUGGCAUAUAGUGUUACAUGUUGCGAUGACGGUUCUGGGACCACUGUUGGGACUUUGCUCAAAUUUGACAACGUCACUAUAUUAAUUGAUCCAGCUUGGUAUAGCAAUUCCGUUUCUUAUUCAGAUUCUGUCAAAUAUUGGUCUACUAUUAUUCCAGAAGUGGAUCUGAUUUUAUUAUCUCAACCGACUGUUAGAAGUUUAGGUGCAUUUGCUCUAAUAUACUACAACUUUUACUCUCAUUUUAUUUCACAAAUUGAAGUUUAUUCUACACUGCCUGUUUCCAAUUUAGGUCGUACCAGUACAAUUGAAUUGUAUGUAGCAAGAGGUAUCACUGGUCCUUAUGACAGUAAUGAAAUAGAUCUGGAAGAUAUCGAAAAAGCAUUUGAUAUGAUUCAAACAAUUAAAUAUUCUCAAUUAGUAGACUUAAAGUCGAAGUUUGACGGAUUGACUUUUGUGGCUCAUAAUUCAGGUGUCAAUGUAGGUGGUAGUAUUUUUUGUUUGAUGACGUACACAGAAAAAUUAAUAUAUGCACCAAAAUGGAAUCAUACCAGGGACAUGAUAUUAAGUGGAGCUUCUUUGUUAGAUAGUGCUGGCAAGCCAAUUUCUGCACUUUUGGGAGCUACUGCAUUAAUCACAGAUUUUUCCAAUUUCGCCUCAACUAAAUCGUUUAAAAGAAAAUCCAAAGCAUUUAAGGAUAUGUUAAGGGAAGGUCUUUACUUAAAUGGUUCAAUAGUCAUUCCAGUCGAAAUAAGCAGUAAAUUUAUAGACCUUUUAGUUCAAGUUCAGAAUUAUAUUUUGGAUGCAAAAAGUCAGGGCCAGAAGACUGAGCCACAUAUAUUAUUGGUCUCUUAUUCUCGUGGUAGAAUUUUGACCUAUGCAAAAUCUAUGUUAGAAUGGUUUUCUUCAACAUUAACUAAGAGUUGGGAAUCUAAAGAUACAGCUUCACCAUUUGAUCUUGGAAAUUUAUUGCAUGUAGUUACACCAAAGGAACUAAAAAAUUAUCCAGGCGCUAAAAUAUGUUUUGUUUCAGAAGUUGAUCUGCUAAUUAAUGACGUUAUUUGUAGACUUUCAAAGUUAGAAAGAACUUCUGUGUUUUUAACUUCAACAAAUUUUGAGGAUUCGAGUGUAGUAUCAGAUAUGUACUCUAAAUGGAAAUUAGAAAAGCAAAAUAAGAAAGUAGAAGAAGGACAGUCUAUAAUAUAUUCGGAAUCAAUAUCAAUUCGCACGUCAGAGGAAAAGGUGCUCAAAAAAAAGGAUUUGGAAGCUUUUACAAAAGAAAUUGAAACAAGAAGGGAGAAAAGAAAAGAUCUUAUAGUUGCAUUAGUUAAUGAAUCGAAAAAGAAUAAGGGUUUGACGGAUAUGUUCCGUAAAAAUUCAGCAUUAGCAAAUACAGAUAUUGUUGAAGAAGGAGAUGAUGAUGAUGAUGAUAAUGAUGAUGAUAAUGAUGAAGUAGUCCCGUUACAUGCUAUAAAAACAGCAGUUGUUUAUCCUGUUGAUACAGUCAUCUCUAAAACUUCAUUACCAAAAAAUAAAAUGUUUCAAUUUCAACCUUCACGAACUAAAACCGAUGAUUAUGGUAUUAUGGUUGAUUAUAAAAUGUUUCUUCCGGAAGAAGAUAUAACUGAAUCUUAUAAUAAGAAAAGAGCAGUGGAAUCAGGCAAUGGUGAAGAUGAUCCAUACGACGUUAGUGAAUCUCUUAAGUCGUAUAAAAGACGUAGGAACGGUUAUAGUAAUGAUAAUGUUGAGCCGAAAAUUUCAAUAGAUAAUAUUGAAUAUUUAGAGACAGAAAAAAAUCCAAGCAAAAGAAAAAUUAUAGUUCCUAAGGUUUCAGUUAAAUGCACCUUCGUAUUUUUGAAUUUAGAGAGUUUAGUUGAUCAAAGGUCAGCCUCAGUUAUUUGGCCAUCUUUUAAAAUUAGAACAAUGGUUCUCUUCGGACCACCUGAAAAUCAAAAUAAGACUUUAGAGAAUAUAUUUAAGAAAAAGGAUAUUGAUAUGACGUUGAUGCCAUUGAAUGAUGUAAUCUAUUUCAGUACCACAAUAAAAUCACUGGAUAUUUCUAUAGAUCCUGAACUGGAUGAGUUGUUGAAAUGGCAAAAUAUCAGAGAUGGUCAUACAGUGGCUCAUUUUACAGGUCGUUUGAUCAAAGAAAAAGCACAAAAUGUUAAAAAACUUGGCAAAGUGACGCAAGAUUCUUUGAGAACAAAACUAACUUUGAAACCUUUAGAAAAUCGUUCUAGGGUCAAUACUGGCAUAUCAUUAUCUAUUGGUGAUAUCAGAUUAGCUGAAAUAAAGAGAAAGUUAACAAAAGAAAAAUACUUAGCGGAAUUUAAAGGGGAAGGUACUUUAGUGGUAGAUAACACGGUUGCAGUGAGAAAGCUAAACGAUGGUGAGACGAUAAUUGAGGGACCUCCAUCAGAAUUGUACGAUGUUGUUAAAAAAUCAAUAACGGAAAUGUUAGCAAAGAUUUAG